AUGCCGCCUAAAGGAUGGAGAAAGGGACCAGACGGGUUCAGACCUCCACCAUCAGCCGAAGGAGAAGGACCAGCCACACCUCCUCCACAGGGCCCUGUUUCUCACAAGGAAAAAAAACCACUAUACACUUUAGACGAUUUACUGCUACCUCGAUCAGUUGUGAUGCGGAUAGCUAAAGAGGCUCUUUCAGGAGGGUCUGGAGCUGAAGCCGGUACUUCGAUUCCUUCAGAUGGAUACUUGGCUUUACAACGCAGCGCGUCGGUAUUUAUUAGUUACUUGUGUGCAGAAGCCAAUGUCCAUGCACAGGCAGCUUACCGCCGAACAAUUAUGCCUGCAGAUGUGCUCAAGGCACUGGAAGAGGUGGAACUUGCACAGUUUGUAGGGCAGGUGCGUGGGGCUGUGGAUGAGUAUGAAGCUUAUGUUGACAAAAAGAAGAAAAACAAGGCUUUAGAUUUAGAAGGUGGAGAUUCAAAUACAGAGAAUAAUAAAGAUGAGGAUGUGAUUAUGAGUGAUGGUGGUGCUAAAGAAGAGAGUUUUAAUGAAAAUGAUGAUGGGUACGAUGAGGAGGAUGAUUCUGAAAUGGAAGACGAUGAGAUUAUUGAAAUUGAACGAGCAGAAGAAUCUCAAACAGGUGAAGGUGAUGAAUCUAAUAAUAAUAGUAUUAUUAUUGGUAGCAAUGAUUCUAAUGAAAAUGUUGCUGGUGAAGAGCCUGCGGUUAAAAAACGCAAGGGCAGGAAACCAGGGAGAAAACCAGGCAAUGCUUCAUCAACUACUACGGCAGAUGGCAAUGGAUCUUCAGGAUCUAUAGCUGCUGCGAAUGCGGUUGUUGCAUCUGCAACAGCAGCUCCACGGAAAAAGCCUGGUCGUAAGCCCAAGUCACGACCUGAGAGUCAGCCAUCUGAUAGUACAACAGAAGAUACAGCACCACAAUCAUCUUCUAAUGACAAAUCUGAUCAACCUCAACAAAUGACUCUUGAUCAAGCAACAUUACAGCCUGCACCACAGCGGAAAAAGCCCGGGAGGAAGCCUCGUCAAAAAGCCUCGGAAGGUGAAGCAGGAGGAGCAGAGGAGGAGUCAAGUAGUGGGAAAACAUUGAAAAAGAAAGAAGGUGAUGAUAAUACCACAGAAACAGAAACAGUGAUAAUAGUGGAAAGCGGGAAGAAGGAGCGCAAGAAGCCUGGACGUAAACCUAAGUCCAAAUCUGAAUCAACUAGUACAGAAGUUACUGGGACAGAGACUUUAACUUCUCAACAAAGUACGGAACCACAAUCUCCUCCAACACUUUUGGCCAUUGCGCCCCAGCCUGUUGUAGAAGUUGUGGAGACUCAAAGUACCAGAGAGGAAGAGAAGAAGAUGAUGAAGAAAAAGAAGCCAUCAGAGGAUGAAAGCACGUGA